GUGUCACCAACACAACAGACACUGAGGAAGCAAGAAAAGCUACAUCUUAUUCAACAUAAGAACGAGUCUAACAUGGACUACCUUUUGAUGUUCAUUUUCUUUAUUCCCAGCAUUGAGAGCCAGAGGUGGUCAGCAAGGCAGUUAUCUCUUCAAUCUGGAGGAAAUUUCACCAUCCCAUGUCAUUAUGAUAUGAAAUAUAUACAACAUAAGAAGUACUGGUGUUAUAAUGCUGGGGGAGCAUUUAAUUACUGUACGAUUCUGGCUUAUGAAAAUACUACAGAAGAUAGAGUAACAGUGACUGAUUAUCCAGCUCAGAGUCUCUUUACUGUGACUAUGAGAGAUCUGCGGAGUGGAGACACUGGAAUGUACUGGUGUGCUGUGGAGACUAUAAGACUAACUGAGCCAGAUGUUAAAGAACAGUUUUACAUCACAGUGAAAUCAGAUCCUGAUGUGUCUGUGUUGGAGAGCAGUGUGAGUGGUCAGGAAGGGGGCAAUGUCAGUGUCCAGUGUCUCUACAGUGCUGGAUAUCAGAAUGAACAGAAGUGGUGGUGCAGAUCUAAAGACCAGAGGUGUUACACAGUGGGGAGGACUGACACAUCCCAGAAUUCAACUGUUCAGACCAGUGAUGAUGGGAGAAAAUCCUUCAGUGUGGAGAUGAGUGGGCUGCAGAAGAGUGAUGCUGGCUGGUACUGGUGUAAAACUGGAGAUCUGCAGGUUCCUGUUCAUCUCAGUGUCAGUGAUGCUCCUCCAGCUACGAUCACAAACACUGGUUCUGCAACUGUUACUACCAAAACUGAAUCAGCAACAGAUCUAUCGAUUCACUUAAAUAUCAAGAGUCAGUUCUACUCAGUGGGUGAGCAGAUAGAGAAAGAGACCAGUGCGGGAGUCCAGCAAAAGUAUGAGUACUCCAGCUCCAGGUUCGGGUGGUUGGCUCUCAAAUAUGGGCCUUGCUCGCCAUCUAGCGUCCAUUCGCAAAGUUUUAAAAGCAAAAAUAAGAUAAUAGUAUGCGCACAAAAUCACAUUUGUUCUGAUGUCUCUGCAGGCAUUGAGAGCUGGAGGUGGUCAGAAAGGCAGUUAUCUCUUCAAUCUGGAGGAACGGUCAACAUCCCAUGUCAUUAUGAUAUGAAAUAUAUACAUCAUAAGAAAUACUGGUGUUAUGAUGCUAGAACAGCAUUUAAUUACUGUAAGAUUCUGGCUUAUGAAAAUACUACACAAGAUAGAGUAACAGUGACUGAUUAUCCAGCUCAGAGUCUCUUUACUGUGACUAUGAGAGAUCUGCAGAGUGGAGACACUGGAAUGUACUGGUGUGCUGUGGAGAUUGGGGGAAUAUUUCAGAGAGAUGUUAAAGAAGACCUUUACAUCACAGUGAAAUCAGAUCCUGAUCUGUCUGUGUUGGAGAGCAGUGUGAGUGGUCAGGAAGGGGGCAGUGUCAGUGUCCAGUGUCUCUACAGUGCUGGAUAUCAGAAUGAACAGAAGCAGUGGUGCAGAUCUAAAGACCAGAGGUGCUACACAGUGGGGAGGACUGACACAUCCCAGAAUUCUGCUGUUCAGAUCAGUGAUGAUGGGAGAAGAUCCUUCAGUGUGGAGAUGAGUGGGCUGCAGAAGAGUGAUGCUGGAUGGUACUGGUGUAAAACUGGAGAUCUACAGGUUCCUGUUCAUCUCAGUGUCAGUGAUGCUCCUCCAGCUGUGACUUCAGUUUCUGCCACUGAGGGAACCAGCAUCAGUGAAGCCACUUCAGGUUCUGCAAUUGUUACUACCAAAACAGAAUCAGCAACAGAUCUGUGA